AUGGAAGGAGGGGAAGGUGGCGGCGCUCUGCUGUCGGAGCUGUACAAGAGCGCCCAGAAAUUUCUGAUCCGGACCAAAGAGGGCCUCACAAGGCUCGAGGCCAUCGAGUUUUCCUCUGGCGCGUCAUCCUCCGCAUCGUCGUCCGCAUCCUCCUCGUUUGCCCUGGCGGGGGACCCGAUGGAGCUGUCGACAGCCGUACGGAGGGACAUCGGCCAGAUCCAGUCGCUCUGCGCCGAGAUGGAUCGCCUAUGGAGGUCCAUCCCCAGCCCCGGGCAACGGGGCCUCUGGAAGAGGUGAGUCGAAAGGGAGAUUAGAAAUUUUUCUAAUAGGUAGCUGUUUGACGAAGAGCAAACAAAGAUGAUAAUAUUUGCUACCCUGUGAUGUUAUUCCUCACCAUAACCAACCUUUUUUUCUUUAAAAUAAACAAUUUAUCUACAACCCGGCGUUUGUCUGAGAUGCUGCUUUCUUUGGAUAGAGUGGCUGUAUAAACUCAAUUUCCCAUUGACCUAUGAUGCCCUUUUAUUGAGGAUUGUUUGUGCUGGGGACAAAUAUUAUGUCGUGCAGACGUUGGCCAAUGUCCUUUUGAUUAGCGAGAGUGAACCCAACAUUGUCCUAAACUACUUCAUUAGCAAUCCGUGAUUUUUACCGUCUUUUCCCACUCUUUCAAAUUCUUGAUGCAUAUCUGGCGUGUUAUUUUCAUGAGAUGUUGAAAUGGUCGCUUGCCUUUCCAAAAUCUUCUUGAGCUAGUCAAUCAGUUCCUAUAAAGUGGAUGCAUUCUGUCAUAUAAGCUGUGCUGUAUAACUUCUGCGAGAGUUCCCUUUGUCAGCAAUACCAUUGUUAGAUGGUCAUGCCUUUGAUCUCAUUAAGGGUCGUUACGUCUUUUCAUAAUUUUAUGCUCUGAAGCCUGGAUCAGAGUAAAAAGAGCUUCCGGCUUUGUCUGGGUUUAGGAACCAUGACUACCUUAUGUAGUAUGAUAUGUCAAAUGAUGUAGAAAAAGCGUUUUGAAUUAUUUAUGCCAGUUAACAGCCUUCAGCUUUUCUCAACCUUUGCAACUCGGGAUAUUGUCCAACAUUUUUUGCUUAUUGGAGAAGCUCUUUGAAGAUUGGGAAUUUUUUUCAUGCCGCACAGACUGAUGGCUCCAAUGAUGUUAUGGUCUCCCACAUAUAUGAUAAGGAAUAUCAAGCAUUCAAAAUUUCGUGGAUACUUUUUUUUUAGAAUAUUUUCUGAAUUGUACUGAGCAGGAGAAGUUUUUGGAAAUUCCUACUUUGAAAAUCUACUCUUAUUUGGUGUUUUUAUCAUCCGUGACAUUUCAAUGUUGCCUCGAAUUGGAAAUUUGCUAGACUUUGUGAACAAAUAUUCCUGAUGUUUUUUUGCAAUAGCAGCAGGUGUUGUUUAAGGAAUCAAGCCUUUCUUCUUGACAUCAUUUGUUGAAUACCGACUAUUUAGACCCACAACAUAACAUUUGAUCAAUUUUCUUCGCUCUUUAUGGAAGGAAUACUCUGUUCAUUCUUAUAGGCGGGAGUCAUCUUCUUGUGGUGCUCUUCACCUCGACUUACUUGUCUUCAGCUGUUUUGUCUUGAGCCACCUAUACUGAUUUACUUCUUCCUGCUCACAUGUACUCUACUGACUGUCUUAGGAUAUUUGAAUAGUUUUCUACUUGUCAUAUGUAUGGAAAUGCUGAUUGCAUUUUUUUUCUUUGCUAUGCUCCUCCUACCCUUCUCAUUUCCUGAACUAGUCUCCAAAUUUUCAACAGAGCUUCUGCAAUACACAUGAUUUCCUAACGCGAGGUCAAUCUUUUGUGACCCAGAAAAGUAGAGCAGGUAGCGGAGGAGGCAGACUCCUUGAGGAAAAGCCUCGACAGGCAGGCACUUCGCCAUGAAAGCCGGAUUCAGGAAGCUAAGGACCGGAAAGACUUGCUAGAAAGAGCGGUGGGGCAUCUCCCCUCUCCCCCCCAUCAACUUACGGCAUUAAUUCCAAUAUUUUAUAUCUUAUUCAUCUUCAUCUGGCAGAACGGGGACUCCGAUCACGUGUUAAGGAUCUUUGAUGAGGAGGCCCAAGCUAUGCAGUCAGCACAAAACUCCUCCAAGAUGCUCGAGGAAGCUUAUGCCACUGGCGUGGCUGUCCUUUCCAAGUACUCUGAGCAGAGAGAUCGGAUCAAGGUACCCUUCUCUCUCCAAUUGGUGGCAGAGGACAGAUGGAUGCCUGGAAUAGAAAGGGAUUGACAGAUGAUCUCUUGUGGAAUGCAGAGAGCGCAGAGGAAGGCAUUGGAUAUCCUCAACACUGUUGGCCUCUCAAACUCGCUGCUGAAGCUCAUUGAGAGGCGACACCGCACUGACAAGUGGAUUGCUUAUGGAGGGAUGUUGUCGGUUAUCGUGGUUGUGUUUAUGUUCUGGAAGUGGAUCCACUGA